GGCCACUUUCCUGUUUGAAAACUAAUUUUUAUAACGAAAAUCUUUCUUUUUCUUUAAGCCAAAAUGACUCGUCACGCUCGCAACUGCACUGCCGGAGCUGUGUACACCUACAACGAAAAGAAGCGGGACUCAGCCAAGUCUGGCUAUGGAACCAAUGCCAAGCGGCUGGACAAGGACUCCAUCAAGUCCUUUGACUGCUGCUCCCUCACCCUGCAGCCCUGCCGCAAGCCUGUCAUCACCAAACAGGGCUACCUUUUCGACAAGGAGGCCAUUCUGGAGUACAUAGUCACCAAGAAGAACGAGUAUAGCCGCCAGCUGAAGGCAUACGAGCGUGUGCGUCGUCUAGAGGAAGAUCAGCUGAAGCACAAAGCUCAAACCCAACAUCAGGCGCGCUUGGAAAGCUUUGUGAAUGCACAAAAACCAGUGGACAGACCUUCUGAAAACACUUCAGCUUCACUUUCCACUUCCUCUUCCAUUUCCAACAUAAACAACAGUCGCCUGCCCAGCUUUUGGCUUCCCUCGGAAUGUCCUAAUGCUGGCUUGGCCAAGGUCAAGAAGCCAGAUCCCCUCAUAUACUGUCCUGUUUCGCAACAACCAUUGAGGGUCAAGGAUCUGAUUGAGGUGAAGUUUACGCCGAUAAAGGAGGACGGCAAAGGCCAACGCUCGCUGAUCACCAAGGAGGCACGCUACAUGUGUCCCAUUACCCAUGAUGUCCUAAGCAAUUCCGUGCCCUGUGCUGUGCUGCGUACCACCGGCGAUGUGGUGACCAUGGAGUGCGUGGAGCGGUUGAUUAAGAAGGACAUGAUCCAUCCCCUAACUAAUGACAAGCUCAAGGACAAGGACAUUAUUCCCCUGCAGCGUGGCGGCACUGGCUUUGCCAGCACCAACGACAGCCUGCAGGCCAAGGAAAAGAGACCAACAUUGCAGGUCUAAGAUUUUCUAAGAUCCAAUCUAAAUGGUUUUUAAAGCAAACUAAUUCCUUAUUCUGCUAAAUAUAUAAUUUAAAAUCGA